UGGGCCUGGUGGCUGGUGACCGAUGUGCAGCGCCUCUCCUUGGAAGUGAUGACCCUCAAUCCAAUGUGUGAGAAUGUCGAAACGGCACAGGGUGUGCCAUUGACCGUUACUGGUGUGGCGCAAUGCAAAAUCAUGAAGACAUUAAUGCAAGACAUAACAACAACAACAAACCAAUGUUCAUUCGUCUCUGCCGUUCAUUUGCAAAUAUCGUAGCUGGAAGCGAAAGAACCGAAGGGAAAGCAAUUAAGAAGACCAAAAUUUGUCAAUUAAACGACGCCCAUCCGCAACUACCACUUGGCACAUUUUUCAUGAUGAACGUGUAUUAUUUUCACCAUCAGGCUGACGAAUUGUUGGGUACCGCCAGCGAACAGUUUCUGGGCAAGAACGUUAAGGAGAUAAAGCAAACGAUAUUGCAGACAUUGGAGGGACAUUUGCGUGCCAUACUCGGAACUCUUACAGUCGAAGAGGUGUACAAAGAUCGCGACCAAUUCGCAGCGCUGGUGCGAGAGGUGGCCGCACCUGAUGUCGGCCGCAUGGGCAUUGAAAUACUCUCAUUCACCAUCAAGGACGUCUACGAUGACGUGCAAUAUUUGGCCUCGCUGGGCAAAGCGCAAACGGCGAGCGUUAAGCGAGACGCCGAUGCGGGCGUGGCUGAGGCCAAUCGUGACGCCGGCAUACGCGAAGCUGAAUGUGAAAAAAGCGCCAUGGAUGUAAAAUACUCCACGGAUACUAAGAUCGAGGACAAUUCGCGUAUGUAUAAGUUGCAGAAAGCAAACUUUGAUCAGGAGAUCAACACAGCGAAGGCCGAAUCGCAAUUGGCUUAUGAAUUGCAAGCAGCGAAGAUACGCCAAAGAAUACGUAAUGAGGAGAUACAAAUCGAAGUUGUCGAACGACGUAAACAAAUCGAAAUCGAAGCACAGGAAGUGCAACGCAAGGAACGCGAACUGAUGGCUACCGUGAAACUGCCAGCCGAAGCGGAGGCACAUCGUGUACAAACUAUAGCACAGGGCAAACAAUGCCAAACAAUCGAAGCUGCCCGCGCUGAGGCCGAGAAGAUACGCAAAAUUGGUACAGCUGAGGCUCUUGCUAUUGAAGUGGUGGGCAAAGCGGAGGCCCUCAGCAUGAAGUGUAAGGCGCAGGUGUAUAGGCAGUACGGUGAUGCUGCCAUUAUGAACAUAGUACUUGAAUCUCUGCCUAAGAUCGCUGCCGAAGUAGCUGCACCACUCGCCAAGACCGAUGAGAUCGUACUCAUUGGUGGCAAUGACAAUUUAACAAACGAUGUGACACGUUUAGUAGCACAAUUACCACCGUCAAUCAAUGCACUCACCGGUGUCGAUCUGACGAAAGUGUUGUCGAAGAUACCCGGAGCCAAGGCGUGAAAUUCAAUGCAACACUCCAGCAUGCAAACACCACAAGAUGCCAGAUCGAUGAUGUUAAUGACGUAAAAAUGAACGGUAUAUGGAAUGACGAUGACGAAAAGUGAAAAAUAAAGUUAAUAAAUAAAUGCAAAGAAAUAAUAAAAUAAAUAAAUAAAAUUGAAAUCAAACACAAUCACGUAAACAACAAAAUUACAACAAAUUAAGAAGAAGAAAAAACUGAAGCAAAAUUAUUGUAUUUCGAAAUUUAAUAGAAACAAUUAAAAUAAAGCUGCAUAUUUCUAGUAAACAAAAACGAAAAUUGGCAACAAAUGUAACAUUAAGCAUAAGGUAUAUGUAUGUA